GACAUAAGAUCAGUCAUGAACAAAAUAAGUUUUAUUGUUUACAAUGAGAACCUUUAACUGAGCCUCUUCACACCUUUCCUCCGGUGCUCCUGUAUGCAUCAGCAUCAGCAGCAGCAGCAACAUGAAAGCAGGUCUCCACCUCUGCAGGACAGGACAUACAGCUGUUUCUGCAGAGCCCCCUGGUUUCAAUAUGAGGGCGGACAAAUGUAUGAGCUCAGGAGGUUUCUCACAGACUCAGCGGCGCCAGGUCUUCACACACUCACAGGAUAUGGAAAGACUUCAAUAACGAGCCAUUAACCCCUAAUCAUCGGGAUCGAUCAGGCGUUAACAAGGGCCAAUACAUAUGCAAAUUGAAGCGAGGGCCCUAUAAAAGCUGACCCUGGCCAGAGCCUGCUACCACACACUCCCUCUGACAUUUGGAGGUUUCACAGGUCACUGAACAAACAGCACUGCAAAACAUGAUGAGAUACUUUUCUGUGGACUGGCUGGCCCAGAGCCAUCAACACACCACACUGACCGAGGACCACGAUGCUGGCACGGAUACUGCUCCGACCUGCAGACCUCAUAUCCCCUGCAUGGUGCAGCCGCGACCACCGACUCUUGGCAAGAGUUACCUGCAGCUAAAAGCCAAAGCACCAAAGCUCGAGUCCAGUGGGCUCGACUCCAGCCUGGGCUCACCUCUUCACCCAACAAGCUGCUCCUCGCCAAUUUCAGAAACCAGCGGGUAUUCCUCCGGGUACGAGAGCGAGGCUGCGUCCUCUGAGUGCCUCUCUGUGGAUGAAGGAAGCGACCUGGAGAGAGACGGACCGCAGCGUCGAGUGCGCACAAAGUUCACCGCCGAGCAGAUCAGCAAACUGGAGAAGAUCUUCAACAAGCACAAGUACCUGGAUGCUGGAGAGAGAGUGAAGACGGCGCAGAAGUUGAACCUCUCAGAAACUCAGGUGAGGACCUGGUUCCAGAACAGGAGGAUGAAGCUGAAACGUGAGGUGCAGGACUACCUCGCUCCUCAAAUGCCACCGGUGAUGUUCCAGCAUCUGCCCCCAGUUCAGUACCACAGCGUGGCCGGACAGCGACACCACUACCCGGCCACUGGCCCAAACUUCUACCCGCUGCCCGUCCAGCAGCUGGUCCAGAUGUGCCCUCACCAGCCUCCUCCUCAUCUGAUGAUCCACAACCCCCAUUUCUACUGAGGAGAUGUCAGAGACUUUUUCCGACUGAAACACUUAAAAUCUAAACAAAAUGCAAUCCAGAGUUUAUUUGAUGUGUGAUUUUUAUAAUAUUUUAUAUAAAAGUUGUAUAUAUAAUUUAUAUAAAGAAAAAUCUAUUUAUCAUUGAAUAAAGUUUAUCUUAU